CCUCACCUCACCUCAUCUCACCUCCAACCGCCAAACCAACCGACUGCUAUUGCUUGCUUCCUUCUCUCUCUCCCACAUCAUCUCUCGACUUCUCCCACGUCCACGACACUUCGACCAUCACCUGUAUCGCCGUCCCUUCGUCUCCGAUCCAACGCGUCCCCAUAAGCGUUCCUGCAAUUACCGAGUCUCAAUGUCCCAGUCCUGACGCUUAUUAUUCGCUUUGCGCAGCUGGGACGCCCCGCCUUAAUCCGCCUCGCCGUUGACACUCCAGCGCCUCUCGACCUUAAACCGCCGACCCUUCCGUUCCGGUACUCUGUCGAAAUUCAGUCGCUCGUUACACGCAAUGUACCUCAAAAUGCGAAUACCACUCGACCUCUCCGCCAGUUCACAGAAUGGCUAUACUGCGAUGCUGCAACGUCGUGAAGAAAUCGACGGCAGGAAAAUUACCACAAUUGUCAUCCUUGGUGUACUGGUUCUCCUCAUCUUCAUCGCCUUUGUCGUCUUCUCCCUCCGCGCAUCUCGGCGCUCUACCCGCGGCAACAGCAAAAAGCCUAGCGGCGGCGGCUUUUUCAAGUCAAUAUUGAAAAAUGGUGGCAGAAACAGAUACCGCCAAGCUCAGGAUGAAGACUCCACCUCUACCGAACGAUUGACCGACCGCCGUCGAUCCCGCCCCUCAUCUGUCGCAUUCGAUGCCUCGGCCGAUCAAUCGCAGGCCGAUGCCCGCUCCCCCAACAGCGCUGUCAACCGCAAUACUUCGAUUCGUUCAAUCAUGACGUUGCCUGCUUACCGGCCUGAUCCGAACGAAACCGAGCAAGUUCUGGGUCGUGAAGGUGAACGCGGCGGUGUUGAUGUCGUUAUCGAAUAUCCCACGGAAGAAACAGAGGAGGAUCUGCGUGAUCAGGAGAUGGAGGCUCUUUACCAGAUUCGCCUGGCCCGCCGUCAGGAGCUUGCUGAGCGGGAGGAGCGGAGAGUGGAGCGCCGGGAAGCUCGGGAACGUGGUGACUUUGUAGCUCUGGACAACAUCCGAUCCAGAGCUCGGGCUGCCAGCAAUAACAGCGUUGUCGCGGUCCUCCGCGAAGAACAUGAACGCCUGAAGAAUGAACGUCAGAGAGCUGUUUCCAGUGUUUCUUACGCCGAUCUCGGUGUUGCUCGUCACGACGGCACACGACUUCGCGCCAACAGCAAUGAGAGUGAGAGGAUGGGGCUGCUUUCGGACUCUGCCAGUAUUGCCGCCACCUCCAUCCGAUCCGGCGCCGGUUCAGCCAUGAACCACAGGAGAGGCAGCUCUGUAAUGAGCGUCGAAAGCGACCUACCUUCGCCAGGAUUUACUUCUAGGUCACGGGCAAACUCUCGACCAGAUACCCCCCGCCUAGAUACCCGGGCAGGGUCCAGUCCGGAUGUCGAAGCUGACGUAGGAGAUGCUGGCAUGCCCAUCUACUCUCCACCUGGAUACGACGAAGUCUCGCUAGAUGACGAGCGUUCCAGGAGCAAUACUCCCCAACCUGGCACUGAGCCUCCGCCGACGUACCCCGGCCCUGCUCAACAACGGGCAGAGAGCAUUGCCUCAAGCAUGGCCGACUUGGUUGCAGAUGAGCAGACUACAAACAACUUUGCAGACUCACGCCGGAGCUCAAGGGUACCACGACUGCCUAGUCUACGAUUGCAGCAAGUGCCGCAAAUCGUGAUAGAACCUUCCAGUGCCAGACCUCACGAUGAUAGGUGACGGCCUGAGCUGGGAUCGCGCGAACCAAAUUCAAUCUGAUGAUUACGGCUGAAAGCAAUGAGCCUGUUGCAAACGAAUAAACGCCUGGAGGCUAUUUUGUUAGUACAUACGAAGUCUUGAAGGGUAAAAACAAAUACCGGUUGGAUGGGGCGCUUGCCCUCUUGAGGCAAGGUCUUGAAUCUUGUUUGUAUAAUAGUCUUCCGGCAUACCGGAUAUCGGCGUUUGGCGAACCUCGUUCCGGAUUGAACGAGUGCAAAGGAUACCAAAGCGAUUUAUUAGAGAAGUUGCUGCGCCAUGUAUCGUUGUAGCCUACGUGCUCGACAUAGCAAUGGCUUGUCAUUUUUUCGUCCACAAGAGAAUACACAAUUUCAAUUGAUGGUCUUGCGGUG